CGCUCUAUUGGGUAGCUUUUAAGUCGCUCGGAGAAGCGUUUGCCGCCAGCGGAAGUGACGUUGUGGAAGAGGCGGCGCUCUGGAGUCUGAGUGACAGCCAAGGUAUCAACAGGUGAUCCGGAACCUGCCGAGCCACACAGCAAGCGAUUGAGGAGUCGCGUCACUUUACUUAUUUUCUUACGCUCUUCUUCCUCGUCGACGUCGUCGCCUAUUCUCGGCUCCAACUUGGGGAGAAGUCGGAUGAAAGUUUGCCCGGCGGCCAGCCAUGAGUUCGUCGGAGAGUCUCCGUCCGGCCCCCGGAGGUCGCAAGCCGCUCGGCAAAUUGGCGGCCCGCCUGGAGGAGCUCAAGAGUCCGUGGCGGCAGGUGUCAUCGCUGGAACUCAGCCACAGCGAGGCCGCUCGCCUGGCCACCGACGCGCUGCUCGAGCACGGCGAGCCCGAGUACCGCCGUGUCCUUACCGAGGAGCGGGAGCUCAGCUUCUUGUCCCAAGCCGAGAUCCAGUACAUCACACUCCACCGGGACCCGGGGAGCGACGGCGCGGCGGCCGGGAGCGGGACUGGGACUGGGCCCGGGAGCGAGAGGGGAACCGGCCCGUCGGCGGCGGCGGAGGACCAUCCCGAGGCAGGUGAAAGCGACAGCGUCGAUGACGUCGCGUCGGAGCUCACCUCCGGGACUUACUUUCCGACGAUGACCGACGACGAGCCGCCGAUCCUGGAGCUCGGGUGGCCGGACGCCCCGAUCAGGUACGGGCCCUCGGAGACGCAGAUCUACUUCCAGAGGGACAAGACCGUCAACGUCAAAGACAGAAUACGCUCGCUCAUCAACAAGGCCAAGAAGGUGAUCGCAGUCGUCAUGGAUGAGUUCAGUGAUGUGGAUUUGCUGUGUGACCUAAUGGAAGCGUCCAGCAAGCGCAAAGUUCCCGUCUACAUUUUGCUGGACCACAAGAAACUUCACCUCUUCACCGACAUGUGCUCCUCUUUGGACGUGCACGGCGUUAACAUGAGCAACAUGCGCAUACGCAGCGUGUGCGGCGACACAUACUGCACAAAGAGCGGGAGGAAGUUCAGUGGCCAAGUCCUGGAAAAGUUUAUGAUCAUCGACUGUGAGGAGGUCAUUGCCGGAUCCUACAGCUUCACAUGGUUGUCAGCCCAAGUCCACAACAACAUGGUGAUGCAUUUCUCGGGUCGCAUCACAGAGAGUUUCGACCGCGAAUUCCGCUGCUUGUACGCCGACUCUCAGAUCAUCGAGUGCUUCUACAGCGAGGACGACGAGGGUGUUCCGUACUUCCCGCUAUACCAAAUGCCCCUGAUGAUGACGGGCUUCACGCCGCUCAUCAAGGCCGAUCUGCUUUCAGACAGGCAGCGGCCCGGUUCCGACAACUCCAGCAGCCAAUCGGACUGCAGCCUGUCCAGCGUGAAGGCGGCGCCCGGCUUGAUCUCCAACCCUGUUUACAAGGUGACCCAAGGUCACGAUAAAGUUGACCCGCUGCCCUCUCACCUCAGUCUGGAGCGGCGCGGCGCUGAGCGGCGCGUCACCGAGCGGCGGCUUCAAAACCUGGUACCGCCUCACCCCUCCUCCAACGGGGCGGCCAAUCACAGUCCGCUCUUGGAGCGCCGGACUCCAGCCUACGGCCUGGAGCGGACCAAGAGCAACGCGGCCGAGAUCAUGUGGGCUCACCGGGUAGGCGCGCCCUCCAAGCUCCAGGCUCUGGGACUGUACGAGCACAAACUCAACCUGUUCCAUGCCACGCCGCCGCCACCUCGCCUCCACCGGAGCCACACGCCCCCGUUGCUGGUACCGGAAACCAAACUGGGCACCAAACACACAGGCGCAUCCAAUCAGCUCUUUCAUAAACUGUCGGACUUCUUCCUGCCGCUGUCGAGCAAAGACCACUUGGCCAGGUCGGCAUCUCCUAUCGGCACCGUGGCGUGGGGGGGGCCUGACCUCUCGCUCAACGAGCCCGAGAGCCAGCAGGCACCCCCGCCCCCACCCCCCUUGCUCCAGGUUCCAAGGCAAGACCAGAACCUAAUACAAGACAAGAGCACCAGAACAGAACAAAGCGCACAACAGGACAAAAUGACCAAGCAGGACCAAAUGACCAAGCAGGACCAAAUGACCAAACAGGACCAAGUGACCAAACAGGACCAAAUGACCAAGCAGGACCAAAUCACCAAGCAGGAACAAAUCACCAGGCAGGACCAGAAGCGCAUGACUCUGGGCCACAGCAAGCUGGAUCUGGUCAACCAGUACAACAAGAUGAAGACCAAGCAAGUUUACAGUCGCUUUGAGCUCAAGAGCUCCCAGUGACAUCCUGGGGUGAUCAACCUCGAGCGUCCUCAAGACACCCAAAUGCUCCGAACUUGUCUGGAAACCUAGGAGGACAACCCCCAAACAAAUUCCAUGUCAUUAAUUUGCGAAGAAUUCUCUAGGUUCUCCGAUGGUGUCGAUUACCCGGGAGGA